UUUCGAAAAAUCACUUGCGUCUACUGACACUUCCCAUUCGGCCUAAUACACUAGGAAAAAAAAAAAUUUACUUCAAUGGAAGGCCGGGGUGUAAUGUAAGACAGUAAGCUGAAUUGAAUUUGAAAGGACUAGGGUGCAAAAUGGUCAGCCAGCUGCCCGCACAGUCUGAACAUUUAGUCAAGCUCGCUCCAUCCGUGGUCACCAACCUCCAGCGAUCGCGAUCGAGCUCCGGGCGCCGGGGACUCGUCUCGAUCCUGCUCUCCAGCGACCUGGGCACCUAUAUUAGACGCCUGUUGGCCCGCGUGGCAGAGAAGGCAUGUGCCAUUCUUCGCCCGUAUCUGGGGCUUGGCUACCGGGAAGUGUCCGUAUCCCCGGACAUGGCCGACAGACUGGCCGUCCUUUCACGGAAGACCCUCGUCCUGGACCUGGAUGAGACUCUGGUGCACUCCUGCUACCUCGAUCCGGAUACCCAUGACAACGUGGGUUGCAGCCAGUUGCCCGAUCACGCCCAGCCGGACUAUGUACUCAACGUGUCCAUCGAGCCGAUGGUCGAGCCGAUCGUGUUUCGGGUCUUCAAGCGGCCGCAUGUCGAUGAGUUCUUGGACUACGUGUCCAAGUGGUACGACCUGGUGAUCUACACGGCCAGCCUGGAGGUCUAUGCCACCCAGGUUGUGGACCUUCUGGACGCGGGACAACGAAGGAUGUCUCGCCGCUUCUAUCGCCAGCACUGCCGCGCCUCCUCGCCACUGGUCUCCAAGGACCUGUCCUUAGUCACUCCUGACAUGACCGGCGUCUUAAUCAUCGACAACUCGCCGUACGCGUACCGAGACUUUCCCGACAACGCCGUUCCCAUCAAGACCUUUAUCUACGAUCCCGACGACACGGAGCUCCUGAAGCUGCUGCCCUUCCUCGAUGCCCUGCGCUUCACCAAGGACGUUCGAUCCAUUCUCGGCCGGCGCGUCAUCCGGCAACACGAUAACCGAUCUACCAUUUCAUCCCAUCGAUAGAAGAAUUCUCUGUAGCCUGCAUUGUUGGAAAAAAUAAAUAAAAUGGCGUGAAAUUCCUAAAACAA